AUGGAUGCUAACCGCUUUUAUGAGAUUUUUGAAAGAGGACGGAGCAUUAUGAGGAAAUAUGGCUUCGUGUUUUUGCUAUUCACUAAUAUAUUUCUUAGAUCUGCAGAUGGGUACCUGACCUCUGCACAUGUGGCUCAAGAACCACCGUACACACCCCAGCACAACCCAGCUAUACCGAGUCCAGUCGGUUCAACGGUGUCGACACCACCAUCAGAGCGUCCGACUGCUGUUGAGGAUCACACAGCCUUGUGUCCCAGCGGAGGAGACUGCAGUAAAUUACCAGCCGAUUGCUUCUCCUGCGCAUACCAUCACAACUGCAGCUACGGCAAGCCGACCAAUUUCACCUGCACAGCGAAGAACGAAGUGCACUGUGUGGACGGCUCUAAGCAGCAACAGAAGACCUUUAAUCUGACGGUGGACUGUCAGUUUUGUUGGCAGCUUCAUCCAUCACAGUACCACUGCAACGUCUCCACCACGUGCAUGACCGUUUCCUGUCCCCGCAAACGCUACAACGCCACCUGCAAGGUUCUGGACCAUGUCAACUGCUUGGGGAACAGGGAAUUCCAGAAGCGUCUCUUCUGUAACUGGACCGGAGGAUAUAAAUGGUCCACAGCGCUGACGCUCAGCAUCACACUGGGUGGGUUCGGAGCCGACCGCUUCUAUCUGGGUCAGUGGAGAGAAGGACUGGGGAAGCUCUUCAGUUUCGGAGGACUGGGCAUCUGGACCCUCAUCGACGUCCUGCUCAUCGCUGUGGGAUACGUCGGGCCGGCUGACGGAUCGCUUUAUAUCUGACUGGUGAAAAAUAGACUCGACCAUCGAUCAGUGUGGUUUUAAAUAUUCUGGAUUAAAAUGGAUUUUCUGAUGCGACCGGACUGGAGGAGAUUAACGGCUGCGGCUUGUUCUUCAGCAUCUACAAGCAAAUCCAAGAUCAUUCUGCACACAUGAAAAGCGUCGCUUAUUAUCUUAACAUCAUGUAAAAGGUGAUGAGUGUGUAGCGCCAUCCGCCUGAUCCCCAGUCCUGUUAGUCCACAUGUUAUGUACAGAUGUUCAACGUUCUUCCAAACACACUCGGCUCCGAGAUGAGCCGUGACUGCGUGGUCCAUUAAGAGCAGAGCUAAUUUAUUUCUUCAGCUCGUACUGAUAAGAGUCUGGUGUAGAAAUGGCCUCGUUCACGUUCCUUCUGGAGAAAAAUCAAGGACCUGUAAUAAGGAAUAACGGUGAGAUGGACACGCUGCUCUCUGCUGUUUCCUAGUGUUGAAAAUAGUGGCGGAUAGAAGUCGCAUCAUGAACUCUAGCAUCAAAAAUGUUAAGACCCGGUCAUAACAGUUCUUUAUUCCAAAAUCUGUGCAUAAAAUUGGUCACUUUACUAAUAAAUAAGUCAUGUGACCCGUAGUGCAAUUGCUGUGGUGCUUCAUGAUGCUACACAGCUGAUCCAAAAUAGUGUAAGACCUUAAUGUAUGAUAGCAGUGUGCUUUAUAAACGUGUUAUUAAACGUCGCUCAGGUGCCGCAGCGGUAAAAACACACGCUGGAACACCAGAGCUGGGAUCUCGAAUACAUCGUAUCGAGUCUCAGCUCUGCCAUCUGGCUGGGCUGAGCAGCCACAUGAACAACGAUUGGCCUGUUGUUCAGAUAGGGGUGGGAUAUUAAAGCUGGAUAGGGUCUCUUUCAUAACUCAUAACUAAUGCAGUUACGACCUCUGCUGGCUGAUCGAUGGCGCCCGCACAGAGAUGAGAAAAGAGUGCCGUUAGGGUGUGUCUCUCCGUACACAACGCUGAGCUGCACUGCACUCGUCAAAGUGCAGGUGAUAAAAUGCAUACGACUGCUGCCCAUGUGUCAGAGGGGCGUGAGUUAGCUUCAUUCUCCUCAAUCAGAGCAGGGAUCGGCAUUGGUGGAGAGGAAAGCAUGACGCAAUCGGGCAAUUGGACGCACUAAAAGGAAAAAAAAGGGAGAAAAUGCAUAAACAAAAUUUAAAAAAAGAAGGAAUUUGACAGCCACUUGUUGGGUAUAGCUACAAUGCUAAGGCACGGCUGAAUUGCUUACUGAACCUUUUGCUUACUCAAACGUUUUAGUCGCAGCCCAACCAUGCCCACUUCAAAAAACAAACUGAAUGCCGAGCUUCUAAUGUGACCAGGACUUCUAAUUGCAUCCUACUUCUUAUUGUUGAUUUUUUCGUCUACACGGCGAUGACAAUUGUGUUAUUUAUUACCUGUUUGUUGUUUUUUCAGUCCAUGUAAGGUUAUAACAAGCUCCUAAAUAGAGCCGAUGGUUAUGAUUUCUGUUUCCGAUGUCUCUUCUUUAAGUGCAGUAGACAGCACGGUCUAAUUCAUGCCUCUACAUUUUAAAUUCAUGUGUUUCAGCCACAGUUGCUAAAAGGUGUAAUAAAUCAAUUAUAUAAUGA